ACCACCAGUAACGUGUUUUUUUUAUGCAAGUUAAGAAUCCAAACAGAAUUAUAUAUAAAUACAUUGCAUAUCAGUCAAGAAAGUGAGGAGACACAGAAACAAAACGAAAAUGGAUUUAAGAAAAACAUGGUUGGUUUUAUACAUUCUCUUAAUCUUUCAUCUUCAGCACAAUUUUCCUUCUGUUAAUUCAAAGCCUUCCUCUAUUGAUACGUACUACGAGAGUCUUCAUCCCAGAGCCACAAAACCAGAUGUUGUUGAUUUUGAAAGAAAGGAUCAAGAAUUAGUUGUAGUUAUAAAAAAAGAAGGUGGUGGAGGAUGGCGUGGUGGUGGCGGUGGAAGCACCGGAAUAGGAGGCGGUAGAGGAUGGCAUGGCUUGCUUGGUUGGCGUGGCGGCGGCAUCGGAAUAGGAGGCGGUGGAGGAUGGCGUGGCUGGCGUGGCUGGCGUGGCGGCAGCGGUGGCACCGGAAUAGGAGGCGGUGGAGGAUGGCGUGGCUGGCGUGGUGGUGGCGGCGGUGGCGGCGGCGGUGGAGGAUUGCCUGGCGGCGGUGGCGGCAGCGGUGGAGGAUUGCCUGGCGGCCGCGGCGGAAGCACGGGAAAAGGAGGCGUUGGACCUCUAAUUCCGAUUUCGAUGCAAACCGGUGAUCGUGGUACUCACCGUUCAAGCAGCAGCCGGAAUAUUCGAGGGGGAGUGUGUGUUGUCUGUUGGUUGAGUUUAUUGGUUUUAGUCGAUUUAUUAUUGGUUUAGAAGAGUCUUAAGUAUUUGUUGGCCGUUUAAAUCAAAAUCUGUGAGGUCAAUGUUUGACAUCAGGUCUAGUUUGGUCUGAGAUUGAUUGGGCCACUGAUAACAACAUUGAUUCAU